AUGACGACGCCAUUUAUCGACACGCAAUGCUUUGCCGAUGAAAACUUUAAUGUAAAGGCAUGGAUUAAUCAAACUCUGAAUAAGUGUGAAUCCACAGCAGAGAAGGACACCACUGUGCUGGUCACCCAACUUCAACUGGUCAGUGAUCAGACAUCGCAAAAAGUCGGCGCCAUCACCGACAACGUUAUAAAGACCAUGCCUCGCAUGUUGUACGAUCUCAAACUCAUUGCCGAGGAUGCGCGGCGUAUCAAGGACGAUAUCGACCAAGUCAGACAGAAUGUCGGCGGCAUGGAAGGUGACACGGCCGAAGCGCUCGAGAAACUUCGACAGCUCCAUCUAGUAAAGACGCGCAUGGAGAGUUGUCGAUCGUCCUUACGCGAAGCCGAGAAUUGGAGCAACCUGGAAGAGGAAACAAACGCUAUCCUUGCAAAGGAAGACUGGGAAGCCGCCGCGGUUCGAUUGCAAAGCGCGCAACAGAGCUUGGAUGUAUUCCAGCACACGCCCGAAUACGAACCUCGAUCCCAGUUGCUGAACAGGUUACAAGAAAACUUGGAAACCGCGAUUCGAUCCAAGGUUAUUCAGGCUCUCGAAGACCAUGACGCUACUGAAUGUCAAAAGUUUUACAAGGUAUUUAGCAAGAUUGGUCGCGCCGAAGAGUUUGUCGAUUUGUACUUUGAAGUACGCACACCCGCCGUUCACCCCCUGUGGAGUGCUGUAUCAGCGGCAGAGGCAUCCUCGCCUUUGCACGAAGCACUCGACGGCUUCUAUAAAUCCAUGUAUUCAUUGGUAUCAGAAGAGUAUACGUGGUGCUCCUACAUCUUUGCCGACGCUAGGAUCAUGGCUCAAACCCUCGUGCAAAAUAUGAUGCAAUCGUUGAAUCCACCACUCGACGACAAGCUCAAUACCAUUCAACAACAACAAGAAGCGGAAGCAUUGCCUUUACUGGUAUCGACUUUUCACGUUACCGAAUCCUUUGGUCUUUCGCUCGAGCGUCUCUUUUCAAAGCUUCCUGUGAAUACCGCUUCUACCGACGACCGAUCCACUUUGGACGCCCAUCUCAAGACACACGCACGCCGACGGUCUCAUUCCAAUUCUAUCUCCCUAAUCCCUUUAACGCUUCGCCACACAGACGUUAAUGCAUGGUCUUACAGCCUUUACGAACCGUUUCUGCCACUCCAAACACAAUAUGCUACGCUUGAGCUUGGCCAUUUAACCAAACAACUGACCGCGCUCUUCAAGAACGUCAAAAUCAAUCAUCUGUCCAAUGCCAUGGAAACCAUUCAAACGGUAUCCAACACAACGAUUGACCAAGUGUUCCGGUUACUCAAAAAAUCGCUAGACCGAUGCCUGACACUGACUCACGGAUACGGAAGUGUAGAGUGGCUUAAAGUGGCAAAUGAAUAUGUGUGCGAAACCAACAGUCAACUUUCUCGCUUUGUUGCUGAAAUCAACAAGAAAAUGACCACCUCCGAGAAGCGACCAGAAACUGAAGACGACACUGCCCCACCACGACGAUCCACUUCGUCGGAUGUCACAGAGGAUCUCGAUUUUGACGCGGACCUUAUUCAAAGCGACUGGUCCAUCUUCCAAAUCGGUUUACGAUCGCUUGGUAUCUGCCAAGAAAUGGAAGUCCAACUCAAAGCUUUGGUAGAGACGGUUUGCCGUGGACUCCGUGAUAUCAUGAUGGCUGAACAUCACGACAAAUACCCUCAUGCAUCCCUGGGGCUGUUACGAACUUCGAUUCUCAAUACCCAUGAACUUCAGUCUUUAAUGAAUCAAGUGUCUUCGGUGACAGAGGAAGGACAAGAGAAUGCGGUGGCCAAAGCUUUGAGUAACGCGCAGUGGAGUAUUUGGCGAUUCGCGGAACAGUGUCAGUUGUUGGUGCAUGAAGCCAUCCAUACGCCUAUGACGCGUCAUUUGGCGGACAUUCGCACCAUUCAGGACGCUUGGACCGCCGAAACCGAAGACAAGUAUCAAGGUCGCAACAGAGACGCAACGCUGGAUGUGGAUAUGCCGACCUUCAAUUUGUCACCCAAUGAAUACAUCACGCGUAUCGGCGAGCAGCUGCUGAUGCUGCCGCAACAGUUUGAAGUAUAUUCGGAUGAUAAAGCGUUCGCCUAUCGGUUGGAAACGGUACCUUUCAUGAACGAAGAAGACCGCGAGGAAAAAGAAUUGGGAUCGGAAAAAUCUGAAGACGAUAAAGAAGAGCAAGACGAUGAUACGAUGUCCAACGAACAAAUUAUUCAGCGAUGGACGACCUCGGUCGCAAGGGGUGUCAUGAAAUCUUUCUUGACCAGCGUCUUUGAAAUCAAAAACCUGUCAGCACAAGGCAGUCGGCAACUGCGGACGGAUAUCGAGUAUCUGGUGAACGUGCUGUCAGCGUUGGAUGUGGAGCCACUGUCUGAUUUGGUUGAGAUGUAUGAAUAUCUGAAUAUGGACGAACCAACAAUUAUCAGGGAACUUUCACGCAUGGCAAAAGACUCGGACGCCGAUAAUCAUAUCUUGAAGAACGUAGCCAAGAUGCGCGGCGUGGUACUCCUUGAUUUGCCCAAAUAG